GCCACGUUUUUGGGCUGGGUGUGGGCAGCGGGGCUCCCGGAGAAGGACCUUGUGGAUGCCCCGGCACCGGCAUGGAUGAGCGCAUGGACACCGUGGAGGUCUUCAACGGCGUCCGCUUGCCAGGCUUCAUGCACACGCCCGAGUCCCUGCGGACAGCCUGCUCCUUCCAGUUCCAGGACACGGACGUCCUCCUGGUGACCUUCCCCAAGUCCGGGACUACAUGGGUGCAGCAGGUGCUGAGUCUGAUCUUCUGUGAGGGCCACCUGUGGCCCAUCCUCCACCUUCCCAACUGGAGCCGCGCGCCCUGGAUGGAGCAAGUCUCCUUCAGCCAUCUCCUCAGCCAGCUGGAGCCCACCCGACCCCGCCUGCUCACCACCCACCUCCACGCCACAGCCCUGGCCCCAGCUCUGAUGAGGUCCAAGGCCCGGGUGGUGUACGUGGCUCGGAACCCCAAGGACGUGCUCGUCUCCUUCUACCACUUCCACCGAGUCGCCAACUUCCUGCCAGACCCCAGCUCCUUCGAGGAGUUCCUGGAUGAGUUUCUCAAGGGCACAGGCUUCUUUGGCUCCUGGUUUGACCAUGUGAAAGGCUGGCUGGGUCUCCAGCGGGACCUGAACAUGCUUCUCAUCACCUACGAGGAGCUGUACCAGGAGCCUCGCAGCACCAUCCGGAAGCUAAGUGCCUUCCUGCAGCAGCCGCUGGGCCCGGCAGAGGAGGAGCUGGUUCUGGAGCACUGCAGCUUCUCCUUCAUGAGCCAGAGCAGCGUGGUCAACUACAGCCUGGUGUCCAAGCAGAUCAUGGACCAGAGCCGGGGCAAGUUUCUGCGGAAAGGUGUAGUGGGGGACUGGAGGGAGCACUUCACUCCAGAGCAGAAUGAGAAAUUCAACGCUGUCUACCAGACCAAGAUGAAAGACUCCGGCCUCCACUUCCCCUGGACCAGAGGUGGACACAUCUAACCCACGCCACCUCCUCCCACUGGCCUGGUCUGGGACCCAUGCUGGG